CCGGCCCCGGGGGCGCACGCCGGGCGCUGGGCCGCCUGGUAGAGGCGGUGCUGGCGAGCCGCGGCGAGGCCAACGCCGUGUUCGACAUCCUGGCCGUGCUGCAGGUGGGGGCCCGUUGGGUGUGGCGGCCGUCGGGUCCCGGAGUUGGAGUCUGAGGACCAGGAGGAGAUCCAGGAAGCGGUGCACGCAUGCAGCCGACUUUUCGGGGCCCUGCUGGCCCGCGGAGAGCUGUUUGUGGGCCAGCUGCCCUCUGAGGACAUGGUCACGGCAGGGUCCCAGGGGGCCACUCGCAAGUACAAGGUGUGGAUGCGGCACCGGUACCAUAGCUGCUGCAACCGCCUGGGGGAGCUCUUGGCUCACCCCUCCUUUCAGGUCAAGGAGCUGGCCCUCAGCACACUUAUGAAGUUUGUGCAGCUGGAGGGCAAACACCCCCUGGAGAAGCCCAAGUGGGAAGGCAACUAUCUGUUCCCCCGCCAGCUCUUCAAGUUGGUGGUGGGAGGCCUGCUCUCUCUGGAAGAGGACCGCUCCCUGCUCCUCUCCCAGUUCCGGGAGUACCUGGAACACGAUGACAUCCGCUACCACACGAUGCAGGCCGCUGCGGAUGCUGUGGCCCGGGCCACUGACGGGCACCCCGAGGUGCCCCUCACUUUUUGGAACAACGCUUUCACACUGCUGUCCUCCGUGAGCCUGCCCCGUCAGGAGAGCGCUUCCUCCAGCUUCUACGUGAAGCAUGCGGAACUAUCAGACAAGUGGAAGGUCGUUCAUCUGAAGGAGCACAGGAAGGCCUUUCAGCAGAUGUGGCUCGGUUUCCUCAAGCACCAGCUGCCGCUCCGCAUCUACAAGAAGGUGCUGGUGAUCAUGCACGACUCCAUCCUGCCCCACCUGGCGCAGCCCAGCCUCAUGAUCGACUUCCUCACCCGUGCCUACGACAUCGGUGGAGCCAUCAGCCUCCUGGCCUUGAAUGGGCUUUUCAUCCUGAUUCACAAGCACAAUCUGGAGUACCCUGAUUUCUACCGAAAGCUGUAUGGCCUCCUCGACCCAUCUGUCUUCCAUGUCAAGUACCGGGCCCGCUUCUUCCACCUGGCCGACCUCUUCCUGUCGUCCUCGCACCUGCCUGCCUACUUGGUGGCUGCCUUCGCCAAGCGCCUGGCCCGCCUGGCCCUGACGGCGCCCCCUGAGGCCCUGCUUAUGGUCCUGCCCUUUAUUUGCAACCUGCUGCGCAGACACCCGGCCUGCCGCGUCCUCGUGCACCGCCCCAGGGGCCCUGAGCUAGAUGCCGACCCCUACGACCCCCAAGAGGAGGAUCCCGCCCAGAGCCGAGCCCUGGAGAGCUCCCUGUGGGAGCUGCAGGCCCUUCAGCAGCAUUACCACCCUGAGGUGUCCAAGGCUGCCAGCACUAUCAACCAGGCGCUGUCCGUGCCCGAGGUCAGCAUUGCGCCGCUUCUGGAGCUCAGCGCCUUCGAGAUCUUCGAGCGGGACCUGAAGAAAAAGGGGCCUGAGUCGGUGCCGCUGGAGUUCAUCCCAGCCCAGGGCCUGCUGGGCCAGCGGGACGAUCUCUGCGCCCAGCACUUCACGCUGAGCUGACUGUGUGCCCUGCUCCCCCAUGGAUGGUUUUGUAGGGGAGCUGCUGGGGUGGGCUGGUGGGCAGGGGUCCAGGGAGGCACAGAUCCUCCACCUGUGCCCGUGGGGCUGGGGUCGGAGUGCUCGCAGGGUGCUCUCCCCUCUGCCCGCGACCCCCCCGCCCCGGUCCACCAUGCUGCUGGCCUAGCUGGGUUCUGCCCAGGGGCCCCUUCCUUCUCUGGGGCCUGGUGGGGAGGGGUGAGGUGGGCGUUUCUGUGGGGAGCAGCCCCUGCCCCCAGAACCUCAGUUACAAGCGUGCUGGCUUGUGGCUUCUCUCAGCCCCUGAGAUUCUCUGCCCCCCAGAGCCCCCCACGGCCUCGGCGUCCCUUGUGCCUCCUGACACGGGACAGGCCGCACUCCCACCAGGGCAGCCCCGGGAGGGACAGAAGGGGCUCUCUGCCCUGGUCAGUCUCCGGGGAGCACAGGGAGGGGCACAAGCUCCCUGUGCCCGGCCAGACCCUGCUGAGGUCACCUUUGUCCCCAGCACUGCAGUGAGUCCCAGGGGCGUCUGCCCCAUGGAGGGAGUUACUGGCAGGGCCGGCUCAUCCCUCCACCCCCUGAGGAGAGUGGCUGCUGCAGCCAAGGCCCAGCCAGUGCCUGGUUGUGUUUCCAGGGUGGUUAUUUCCUUGAGGCUCCUUUUCUACCAAAGAUGUCUGGUUUUCUGUCUAUGGCAGUGACCCUACUUCCUUUAAAAGACCUGUUUAGUCAAGCACGUGACUGAUGCUGGCUCACGCUUGACAGGGACUGAUAGAAGUAUUGGGGGGGCAUAAACCCAGCAGGGAGAGACCCUCACUGCCCCCAGGAGCCUCCUGUCCAUGCCACCUUGCUGGCAUACCCUGUCCCACCUGCACCCCCGCCCAAGGGGAGCAGGGUGUGAGCUCCCAGCGGGCACCCUUGGAGUCACAGCAAGGAAUAGUUCAGCCAGUUUGGUCUCCAGGCCCCCCCCUCGCUGGCCUGGGGUCCUAGGGUGCCCUGAGUGUCCCGUUGGUAGCAGCACACUGCACGGCCCUACUGCCUUUCACUUGUCCUCCCGAGAGAACCAGGGAGGUCGUUACUGACCUGGAAAUUGCCUUGUCCCUGGGGCACAGGCCUUGCCUGGUGUGAGGGAUGGGGGGGUCUCGAGGGUCCUGGGCAGCCUGGCACCAGGAGUGUCCAGUGAGCUAGAGGCCACCAUGGCCUUGUGUGGGGACACUAGGGGGCAGUGCUGCACAGGCCUGAAGCUUCAUACUUGUCUUGAAAAAUACUGUUAUGUAAAAAAACAAUUUUAUAAAUCACACAACAUUUGGUUCCCCCGGUCUUGUCUGAACUCAGCG